GCGCAGUCACGUCUUUUCUCGCGAGACGAAGACGCCAUUAUCGCGGUGCUUGGACGAUUUUUUUCGUGACUUGGCGAAGUUAGCCUUCGUAGUUUACCCAUUUGUUCAGGAGACCAUAACUUUCAGUAAUCUGCAAAGCUGGAGGUCAUAAUGUCAGAGGAACAGACUCUGAGCGAAUCAGAUGCCUUACAAAUGGCAGUUAGUCAAAUCACUAAUGGCCAAGGUGAAGAUGAAGUCUCGGAUGAACCACCUUCAAAACGACAGAAGAUUUCUCAAGAUGAUAACUUGACUGAGGCGGCUACAAUAAAACAAAUUUUAUUUAACGUAAACAAAGCUAUUUGUUUGCGACUUGAUAGCAUAGAGACAAAGCUAGAGACGAUCAACCUUCGAUGUAAAUAUCUUGAAGAAAAACUUGACAACAUGGCAGAUUCAUCAUACCAAAAAGUUGAUCAUGGAGGAAGUGGUGAUCUGUGUACACCUCCACCACAAGGUAGAAGAGGCAGCAGCAAUGCUGGUAACUUUGCUACACGUAAACAAAGCACUAUAAUUAUUGGAUUACCUCAUAAGAUGGAGUCACAAGAUACACAGAGUGAAUCACAAGAGGGUACAGCCAGCAGUCCAAUGUCUAGUUCAGGUGUUGCUGAAUCACCGGCUCCUAAUCUUGGACCUAAUGUGACUCUAAUUACACUAAAUACAGAAGAUGACUACCCCAAUGGUACCUGGCUUGGUGACGAGAAUUCUAUUGAGAUGAGAGUAAGAUGCCCUAUUUCUCCAAGCGAUAUGAUACACAUUCAUUCCACGAGUCGGACAGCUGAGAAGAUGGCACUUACACUCUUGGACUAUUUGUUUGAUAGAGAAACACAGGCUUGUUCCAAUGUGUCUGGCAUGAGCAAACACAGAAAGAGACAAUUGGAUCCACUUAUGGUAUAUGGAAUAAGAUGUCAUUUGAUCCACAAGUUUAAUAUAAGCGAAACAGACUGGCACAGAAUUAAACAGAACAUUGACUCCAAAUGUCGCACAGCAUUCCGAAGAAAACAUAGAGGGCAGGCUCUCACAGUCAAAGCUUUUGCACGUAAAUCACCAUCAUCUAAUACUACAAUAUAUACACACCAAAUGGCAGAAAAUGGGGAGCAAGAAAUGCAUGACCAAGUUGUUUCCCAAGCUGCGGUGGAGCAGAUACAACAAAUGCAGCAACAGAUACACAUUCAACAAGUGGAGGAAGGAGAAACCAUAGUACAGCAGGGAAUGCCAGAACAAGUAACAGUACAACAUGUACAGGAGCAACAUACGAUAAUCCCUGAACAAGUUACUGUGCAAGUCACGCAAGGUGGUGAGACAAUCCAUUUACAGGAGGGCGAUACCAUACAGAUAACACCAGGAGAAGGAGUCAGUAUCCCACAAGGGGAGAUUCAGAUUGCUGUGAAUCCAGAAGUUCAAGUGCAUGAGAUUGAUGGAGAGAUACAGAUACAGCAUCCUGUGCAAUUACAGCAGUCUUAGGAGAAACACACACAGCAUUAAUUCUAUUUUUAAAAAACAACUCAGUUAAAAAUGUGUGUAGUAAUUUUCCACAGUUUUGGUUCUAUGUGCCAUAUAACUAGCAUCUGCUAGGUACAAUUGUUUAUUGAUCGUGACAUUUUGAGUAUCACUCAAGUCUUGUACAGCAAAACCCAUAGCGUUUCUUUUAGUGCCAUCGUUAAAGAGACAGUCAUUGUACCUUUGCCAUGUUUGAAGCAAGUCUUGUACAAUAUAUACUAGUAAAAUACAUUGUUUGUUUACACAAAAUCAAACACAUUAAAAAUACAAACCUACAAAUAGUCUAUUAAAUACAUAAAAAAAAAAAAAAUUGUUUUAGUUUCGACUUUGUUCACCAAUUUCUAUUUCUAGUCUUUUGCAGCUAGUGUUGUUGCUUCCUUUGAGAUGUGAUACACCUUUUUGGCUUAGAAUGUUAUUUAAAUGAAUUUUUUCCAAAAUGUGUAUUUCAUUGUAAAUUAUUUAUGGGAGUAUGGUAUCUCACUUUUGUUGCUUGUAGUUAUAGGUUUUUGCUCGAAAGUUGCACACUUUAAUUUCCGAAGUGUUGAGCUUUGAAUGAAUAUACUGAAUAUGAAAUUUAUAUAUAAAUGCUUCCUACAAAACAUUCAAGCAAGCAUUUUCAAAUUCAAAAUGAACUUGAUUUCUAUGAAUUAAUUUGUUGACCAUCAAUAUUGGUAUGUUAUGUAAUAUUUUGUCUCUCAAACAUAUUUUUUCCUGACGCUUGUAUUUUGUCUGUACUUAUUCUUUCAAGAGAGAUGCAUGUACAAACAAUUUGAUAUUGUCUAACUGAACAUUUAUUUAUAAUACAGUACCCAGGGUAUACACAAGUCUGUCAGAAAAAUGCAAAUCUUUCAAUGAACUUUCAAACAAAUACAUUUUUUACAUACAGUAAAAUAUAUACAAUAUGAA